AAUUCAAGUAGCAAGUCAUGUAUGUAUGUUUUAAUCAGUUUCUAAAUUUUAAAAAUUGAGUUAAGUUGUUUUAAGACACGUAAACAGGUUUUACCAGGAUAUUUUUAUAAAGUUACUUCGCUACUUUCAAUUAUAAGCGCUGUCAGCUGUGCUAGACAGUCGUUCACUAUCCGUCGUUGUGUCAAGUGUUAUUAGUCAGUCUCUCCACGAAAGCGGAAUAUUAUUACUUCAAAACUUUUGUCGAUUAAAUUAUAAAAUAUGGCGUCUCAAAAAAUUAAAGCCGGGCCAGUGGUCGAUUUAUUGGGAGAUGAAAUGACACGAAUUAUUUGGGAUGCUAUUAAAGACAAAUUAAUUUUACCAUUCUUGGAUAUCGAACUUCAUGUAUACGAUUUAGGAAUGGAAUAUCGUGAUCAAACUGAUGAUAAAGUUACGGUUGAAGCUGCCGAAGCAAUUAAAAAAUAUAAAGUAGGUAUUAAGUGUGCCACAAUUACUCCCGACGAAAAACGAGUAGAAGAAUUUAAAUUGAAGAAAAUGUGGAAGUCGCCAAAUGGCACGAUUAGAAAUAUAUUAGGAGGUACUGUUUUUCGUGAGCCAAUUAUUUGUAAGAAUGUACCUAGAAUGGUCAAUACAUGGAAUCUUCCAAUUGUGAUUGGGCGUCAUGCUCAUGCUGAUCAAUACAAAGCUACUGAUUUCCUAGUACCGGGUGCUGGAAAACUAGAACUAAUAUUUACAGGAAACGAUGGUCAAACUAUCCGAGAAACUAUUAAUGAUUUUAGUGCUAGCGGUAUUGCUUUAGGAAUGUUUAACACUGAUUCAUCAAUUAAAGAUUUUGCGCAUUCAUGCUUUAAGUACGCUCUAGCUAGAAAGUAUCCCUUAUACUUAAGUACCAAAAAUACAAUUUUGAAGAAGUACGAUGGACGAUUUAAGGAUAUUUUCCAAGAAAUUUACGAAAAUGAAUAUAAGAAAGCUUAUGAAGCAGCCGGUAUUUGGUACGAACAUCGAUUAAUUGAUGAUAUGGUUGCAUACGCAAUUAAAUCUGAAGGUGGUUUUGUAUGGGCUUGCAAAAAUUACGAUGGUGAUGUACAAUCCGAUUCAAUUGCUCAAGGAUAUGGUUCACUUGGAUUAAUGACAUCUGUAUUAAUUAGCCCUGACGGGGAAACUGUCGAAGCAGAAGCUGCUCAUGGUACUGUUACAAGACAUUAUCGUCAACAUCAACAAGGUAAACCUACGUCCACAAAUUCGAUUGCAUCCAUCUUUGCAUGGACACGGGGCUUACUUCACCGUGCCAAAUUAGAUAACAACGAACAAUUGAAAUCAUUUGCUGAGAAGUUAGAACGUGCAUGCAUUGACACUGUUGAAGAUGGCUUUAUGACCAAAGAUUUAGCAAUAUGUAUUAAGGGAAUGGCCAAUGUAAAAGAAGCUGAUUACUUAGAAACAUUCGCAUUUAUUGAUAAAGUUGCUGAAUACUUAAAGAAAAGUUUAGGACAGUGACUAGUUAUAAAAAGUCAUUUUUAAUUAUAAUUUUUACUUAAUAUUCUCAAACAGUAAUUAUAGAGGAUGGGUGCAAAAUGUAUUAUUUGAUUUUUAAAUAAAUAGAUACUUUUUUUUAUUUAA